GGUUUUCUUGUUACCAUACGAAAGUUACGUCAUCGUUUGUGCUAGUGGAAAGGAUAGGGGGAAGGGAAGCUGAGAUUGGAGGGAGAGAAACUGAGAUAUCCAUGACAACCAGUUUAACAUAGAAUGGCAUGAGUGCCCCCAUUGGUUGGUCUAGGAGAAAGCACACUCCAAAUCUGCGAGACCCCCCCUCGCCACCGGUGCUUGUAAAGUUGUGGAUGUGAAGUGCCAAAAUUCUGUGUCAAAGCAAUGAGUCGUCUAGGAAAGAGAGAAGCUAUUCCAGACCGGCAGUAUCCAUGCCCAGCCCCACAGCUCCUCUAAUGGGGCAGGAUGCACAUAAACAGCAUUCAGUUAGAUCAACCUGUUGACUCUACUCUGGACUGAUUCAGAGGGAGAGGGGACGAAAGGAGACAUUUGACCGGCUGAAGUUGUGAAAAGGGACAUAACAGACAAUAUGGGGGACUUCCCAACAUAUAUUCUGACCACCACAGCCUGGCAAAUUAGGCAUUAAAAGGCAGGACAGGGUUUAUACGCUCACACAUUCCAGACUGUAGACGCACACACUCAUGCCAUGGAAGGGGAUGUUGGUGUCACAGCACACACAGGGGGUCUGAAUGGUGUGGCCCCCGAAUGUAAAGAGAGAGAGACGCUAACUACUAAUGGCCACUCUAACCACAAACCCGUGAUGAAUGGACGGAUGGCAGUUCACGCUGUCAAAGAGCACGCCAACGCUAGUUCCCGGCUCAAGUCUCUGCCUAUUUCCUCACUGAAGCAGAAUGGCCUUUUGCAGUCCCUGGCAUCAGGAGAACAGCCUCAAAGGAAAGAGGAGAGCGCGGAGGUGGAGCAGGCUCGAGAGGAGUGGGAGGCUCUAGAGAGUAUCCAACCAGUGGUCAGUGAGGAGCCCAGUCCCACCCCCCUCAUCUCCUUCAACGAGGCGCUGCAGCACUUCCAGACCACCGACUUCGGAGAGGUGCUGAAGAACAUCCAGCCCACCGUCCGCAGGACGGGCCUGGCCGCCCUUUCGCAUUUCCUGUUCGGCCCGCCACGACUUCACAGAGAAUUGCUGGAGGAGAGGGACCUGGUGUUUGCCAUAGCACAAUGUUGUUUGGAUAACAGUCAGACGGUGCACAUGCGUGUCCUACAGACCAUCUAUAAGAAGCUGACCGGUAGCAGGCUGGACUGUCCUCGCUUGGGCUCGCAUUGGGAGAGCGUGGGAUUUCAGGGUACGGACCCAGCCACAGACCUGCGCGGCACGGGUUUCCUGGGACUGAUGCACACCCUCCACCUGGUGAUGGACCCUGAGACGCUACCGCUGGCCAGAGACAUCUACAAGCUGUCCCAUCACCCCACACAGAACUUUCCAUUCUGUGUGAUGUCCAUCAACAUGACGCGCAUCGCCUUGCAUGCUCUCAGAGAAGAGGCCCUCGCUAAGGAGUGUAACCGGCGACAGCAGGUAGUGGGGGUUUUAAGUGAGUUCUAUGUUGCCACAUUCCUGCACCUCUACCAGCUAUGGAAGAGCCAGCGGAAGACCAUCUCCGACUCUGGCUUCGUCCUCAAAGAAGUGGAGCUUUUUGCCAAAAAGAACCCCAAGCAGAUGCUGCGCCGGCUCGAUGUCUUCCUGAAGGAGAGGAGGUCGGGUGGCACCCCCCGAGUAUCCCCAGACCCCACGGCCCAGCAUCCCUCACCCUGCCUGGGGGAGAGGGGGGUCAGGUCUGAGGGCACCAGGGGCAAAGAGAUGCAUUUCACUGGAGUGUGUGAGCUACCGCCAGACAUGGAGGGAGAGGCCAGGCUCAUCUGACUCAGAGAGACUGAGAGAGAGAGAGAGACUGAGAGAGAGAGAGACUGAGAGAGAGAGAGACUGAGAGAGAGAGAGACUGAGA